CCUGGCAGGUUGGGAAAGUAGCCUGCCCGCUGGGACCGACUGCAGAGGGCCGGGAUGGGGGAGGCGGCCGCGGCAGCGGGACCCUGUCCACUCCGCGAGGACAGCUUCACGCGCUUCUCGUCGCAGAGCAACGUGUAUGGGCUGGCGGGAGGCGCCGACGGGCGAGGAGAAUUGCUGGCUGCCACUCUUAAAGGCAAGGUGCUCGGCUUCCGCUACCAAGACCUCCGACAGAAAAUCCGGCCCGUGGCCAAAGAGCUGCAGUUCAACUACAUCCCCGUGGAUGCUGAGAUCGUCUCCAUCGACACCUUCAACAAGCCACCCCCAAAACGAGGCCUGGUUGUGGGCAUCACAUUUAUAAAGGACUCAGGAGACAAGGGCAGUCCCUUUCUUAAUAUUUACUGUGACUAUGAGCCCGGCUCGGAGUACAACCUAGACUCCAUUGCAGAGAGCUGCCUGAAUUUGGAACUCCAGUUCACGCCUUUCCAGCUGUGCCACGCAGAAGUCCAGGUUGGGGACCAGCUGGAGACUGUCUUUCUCUUAAGCGGGAAUGACCCAGCCAUUCACCUCUACAAGGAGAACGAGGGGCUACAUCAGUUUGAGGAGCAGCCCGUGGAAAACCUCUUCCCAGAGCUCACAGACCUCACCAGUAGUGUCCUCUGGCUCGAUGUCCACAACCUCCCUGGCUCAUCCCGGCGGCUCUCAGCUCUGGGCUGCCAGAGUGGUUAUGUGCGCGUGGCUCACGUGGACCAGAGGAACCGAGAGAUCUUACAGACAUGGACAAUCCUGCAGGAUGGGCCCAUCUCCAGGGUGAUUGUGUUCAGCUUGUCGACCCCGGAGGCAACCAAGGACAGCCCCCAGCAGGAAGGAUACAGUCUGCUUGUGGCCAGCAUGUUGGAGCCGGCUGUGGUGUACUGGGACCUUCUGAACAAGGGCCUGGAAGACCAGCUUCUGCUGCCCGGCAGUGACCAGUUUGACAGCGUCCUCUGUGGCCUGGUCACCGACGUGGACCUAGAUGGGCAGCCUGAAGUUCUAGUGGCCACCUAUGGACAGGAGCUGCUCUGCUAUAAAUACCAUGGACUUCCUGGGGCCAGCCGGGGCUUCCGCCUCUUGUGGCGCAGGACCUUUGCCAGCCCCCUGCUCGCCAUGGCCCAUGUGGAUCUGACUGGGGAUGGGCUGCGGGAGCUGGCCGUGGUAUCCCUGAAAGGGGUGCACAUCCUCCAGCACAGCCUCAUCCAGGCCUCAGAGCUGGUCUUGACCCGGCUUCGUCGUCAAGUGGAACAGAGGAGACAUCAGCAGGGCCUUGGGGACAGGGUGGGUCCCAGGCCUGAGGAGCUCCCAGCCUCCUGAGCACUCACUCCCCCUUGUCAGGUGUGGGCAUCUUCUCACAUCUGUCAUGGAUUGGGCACGGAGGAAGCAUCUCAGAAGAGGGGUGCUCCCCUCCCUCGGACUGCCCAGAAGGGGAAUGCUGGGAG